AUGCCUGCCCCAAGAGGUCCACGUGAGGAAACUGGCCACAGCCUUCGCAGUGCUCUUCUGGAAGACUUCAAGACUAACAACAAGACUCGUCGUUAUGAGUUGAAGGACAUCUUUGACCAUGUGGUCGAGUUCAGCGGAGACCAACACGGGUCACGCUUCAUCCAACAAAAGCUUGAAACAGCCAACAGCGAUGAAAAAGAGCGCCUCUUCCGAGAAAUUGGACCAAAUGCUCUCCAGCUCAUGACAGAUGUGUUCGGCAAUUAUGUCAUCCAGAAAUUCUUCGAGCACGGCGAUCAGAACCAGAAAAAGAUUCUGGCCAACAAGAUGAAAGGUCGUGUCCUGGACUUGUCACUGCAAAUGUAUGGCUGCCGUGUUGUGCAAAAGGCUCUCGAACAUAUACUCAACGAUCAGCAAGCUUCGCUCGUUCGCGAAUUGGAGAAGGAUGUCUUGAGAUGCGUCAAAGACCAAAACGGAAACCACGUCAUCCAGAAGGCCAUCGAACGUUGCGACGCCAAAGACAUAUCGUUCAUCUUCCAAGCUUUCACUGGCCAGAUCCAGCACCUCAGUGUCCACACCUAUGGAUGCCGAGUCAUUCAGAGAUGUCUUGAGAAUUGCGAAGAUGUGACACGAAAGGCAAUCCUGGCAGAGUUGCACGACUGCAUGCCCACCUUGAUUGGCGACUCCUUUGGCAACUACGUCGCACAGCAUGUAGUGGAGUUCGGCUUUGAUCCCGAUCGACAGCGAGUGCUUGAGCUUGUGAUCAAGGGUCUGGAGGGCUACAGCAAGCACAAGUUCGCGAGCAAUGUCGUGGAGAAGUGCCUCGUCUUCUCGGCAAACCCGUGGAAAACGGAUGUCAUCGGCGUGAUUGUGCGCAACAACAAUCGUGAAGGGGAAACUAUGCUGCUCGGCCUGAUCAGAGACAACUAUGGAAACUAUGUUAUACAGAAACUCUUGGACCUCCUCAGCCAGCCGGAUCUUGAUCACUUUAUCGAGAUUCUCCAGCCGGAACUAGCCAAGGCCAAGCGAACAGGCUGUGGCAAGCAGGUUACCGCCAUCGAGAAACGUAUGCAGAGACCAUACGAGCAGAACCUCCACGCCCAUCAGUCCGCCUUCGGUAGCCGUACCAUCUCGCAAAACACGACUCCUCCACCUCCUCCUUUGACCGCAGACCAGCGUAGUCUUCAGAAUAGCUCUGUCGGCAGCGUCAAUGGAGACGCUCUCGAAGGCGCUGCCAGCAGUCGCAAAGGUUCUGUUGAGCACGCGGUGCCUACAGUCUUCGAGCCUUAG